AUGCCACCGCCGCGCCACCAUCUCGACCGCCGCGUCCUUCUACUGGCCCUGCUGCUGCCCUCGCUGUCCCCGACCUAUGCCCCCGUGCCCCCAGGCCCCGCCGCCGCCGCCCUGCUCCAGGCUCUCGGGCUGCCCGACGCUCCCCGAGACGCCCCCACAUCCCGGCCCGUACCUCCAGUCAUGUGGCGUCUGUUCCGCCGCCGGGACCACCAGGAGGCCAGAGCGGGCCCGCGGAGGACGCCUCCGGGGGCCAACCUGCGACCAUGCCACGUGGAGGGGCUUGGGGUCCCUGGAAACAUCGUGCGCCACGUCCCGGACCGCGGCGCAGCCGCCCGGCCCCCAGAGCCCUCUUCGGCUGCUGGGCAGUGCCCCGAAUGGACCGUCGUCUUCGAUCUAUCGGCCGUGGAACCAGCCGAGCGCCCGAGCCAGGCGCGCCUGGAACUGCGCUUCGCGGCCGCGGAGGCGACGGCGGGAGGCUGGGAACUGAGCGUGGCGCCGGCAGGCGCGAGCCCCGGGCCGGUGCUGCUCCGCCAGGCGGUGCCCACUCUGGGAACGCCGGUGCGCGCCGAGCUGCUGGGCGCCGCUUGGGCCCGCAACGCCUCGACGCCGCGCAGCCUCCGCCUGACGCUGGCGCUGCGUCCCCGGGCCCCCGCCUACUGCGCGCGCCUAUCCGAGGCCUCGCUGCUGCUGGUGACCCUCGACCCGCGCCUGUGCCACCCUCUGACCCGGCCGCGGCGCGAGGCCGAGCCCGCAGUGGGCGGCAGCUCCGGGGGCGCGUGUCGCGCGCGGCGGCUCUACGUGAGCUUCCGCGAGGUGGGCUGGCACCGCUGGGUCAUCGCGCCGCGCGGCUUCCUGGCCAACUACUGUCAGGGCAAGUGCGCGCUGCCCGCCGCUAUGUCAGAACCCGGCGGGGCGCCCGCGCUCAACCACGCGGUGCUGCGCGCGCUCAUGCACGCGGCAGCCCCCGGCGCCGCCGGCCUGCCCUGCUGUGUGCCCGCCCGCCUGUCGCCCAUCUCCGUGCUCUUCUUCGACAACAGCGACAACGUGGUACUGCGGCACUACGAAGACAUGGUGGUGGAUGAGUGCGGUUGCCGCUGACCUGGGGGCGGGC